AUGUCUGAACAUAGCGGCGUCCAUAGUUGCAAAGAAUCACCAAGUUGCAAAUGCCACAUUGAAGUCUCCAACCCAUCAGAACAUCAAACCCUAGACGAAUUAGGCUUUGAAAAGGGGAUAUGGACAUCUGCUCAAACUGGAGAUAACUUAGGUGUCGAACAUAAAUUAGCUUUGAGUGGCGGAUUAGUAGUUAACAAAGCUGACAAGUCGGGCUUUACCGCUUUGCACUAUGCCUGCAGAAAUGGGCACAUCCAAGUAUGUCAGACAUUGCUUGACCAUCAUGCUGAUGUGAAUGUCGCCACCAAAUCCAGCAGAGCCACCCCACUGCACAGAGCUGCAUAUAUGGGCCAUGCAAAUAUUGUGAGUUUACUCUUGCAACAUGGGCAGAUCCUUUGGCAGUUGAUUGUGAUGGAAUAA